UUGUUUGUUUACAUUCGAUUAUUGAUUUAGAAACUGAUUUUAUUUGCUGAAUUUUUUUCCCAUGAUAUCAUAAUGGAUGUCGAUUAUCAACGAGAAUUAUGUUUAGCAUUAAACAUUUCAAUGAAUGAAUUGAAUAAAUCAUUUUCAAAUUGGCGUUUCAAUGUUCUAAAUGUUCGUGGUCUAGAUGCAUUGACAUCUGAAGAUGUUUAUGAAUAUUUUCAACGUAAACCACAUUCAAUCGAAUGGUUAUCAAACAUUUCAUGUAAUGUUACAUUUGAAGGUAUUAAUGAAGCAUUUGAAUCAUUAAUAUCGAUAGCAAAAGCGAUCAUCAUUCAAAAGAAUGAAAUUGAUUGGCGUGAAAAUUCUUAUGGCGUCAAAGGAGUGGAUAAUUUGAAUCUAAAUGUUGAUACAGCUGAUAAACUAGAGAUUCCUGUACCACCGAAUUUUCGUUAUGUAAUGGGUGAGAAACAUCCAAAAGCUAAAACAAUAUUGAUACGUUUUGCAACGAUUAAUGAUCGUAAAGUCAAUCAACAAUUGCCUGAUACGGCACCAAAUGAACGACAGCAAAUAAUUAUCGCUCAACGAUCAUCAUCCACCGAUCCACCAUCUAAUGUUCCAUUGCGAAGAGUUAAACGAACAAGCAAUGAAAUUAUGAUGGAAAUUGAUGAAGAUAUUGUCAAUGAUUCACUUGCAAAAAGACGACGACAACGUCGAUCUAUGCCCCCGAUUCGUAUGCGAAUGCGAGCUGACGAAGAAGAGGAAAGAAUUCGACAGCAACGUCAACGACAACAACGAUCAUCAAGUGAUCUACGUUCACGAUUAUCUAAUGUAUCAUUUUCAUCAUCAAGAAUUGGCGAUCGAAUACAAUUACAAUCCGUAUCAUCGAAUCGUAUUAUGAAAGCCAAACGAUCAGAUUCAAUUUGGCGUCGAACCACUGAUGAUGAUGCUUUAAAAAGUCGAAUGCGAUCAAUCGCAUUGGAUGCAAAGACGGGUAAAAAAUAUACAACAACAAUUGGUGGAAAUACCAGAACUGUAGGUGAUCUUCGUAACAAAUUAAACGAACCGAUCAUACGAGUACAGGUUACCUAUGAUGAUGAAGAAAUCGAUUUCUGAAUUUAUAAAUUUAUUCUUCAUUUUAUUUUACAAUUAAAAAUUUUCAU